GUGGUUGAGUAGUCAUGACGUCUUCCACGAUAUUCAAUUCCUACUUCUUUCUAUAAAUUACAAUGCCACGAGCCUCUACCCUUGGUCCAACUUUAGUACUAUACUAAAACAAAUCCUCAAAAAUGCGAAGCAAUUUGGAAUCAGAUUUGAAGGAAUUGAGGGAAACUUUUCAUUCCGGGAAAACAAAGGAAUCAUCAUGGAGGAUUUCGCAGCUUCAGGGUUUACUCCAUAUCCUUGAAGACAGAGAAAGUGACCUUUCCAUGGCUCUUAAACAAGAUCUAGGAAAGCAUCACGUUGAAGCCUAUAGAGAUGAGAUUGGUCUAGUGGUGAAAUCUAUAAAUUAUGCUCUCGGAAACUUGAAGCAAUGGAUGGCUGCUAAAAAGGCUAAAUUACCCCUGGCUGCGUUCCCCAGCAGAGCAGAGUUGCUUCCUGAGCCUCUAGGUGUUGUUCUCAUCAUCUCAUCUUGGAACUUCCCCAUUGGGUUAUCGUUGGAACCAAUGAUCGGGGCAUUAGCUGCAGGGAAUGUAGUAAUCUUAAAGCCUUCAGAGUUAGCUCCUUCUUGUUCUUCGAUUCUUGCUGAAACAAUCUAUGAUUAUCUUGAUUGUACUGCGGUUAAGGUUAUUGAAGGUGGAUCAGAUAUCGGUGAAAAACUACUUCAACAUAGAUUUGACAAAAUUUUCUUCACAGGAAGUACACGAGUUGGAAAAACUGUGAUGUAUGCUGCCACACAACAUUUAACUCCAGUAACUUUAGAGUUGGGUGGAAAAUGCCCUGUUGUGGUUGAUUCCUUUUCAAGUUCUUGGGACGCUAAAAUAGCGACAAAAAGGAUCGUUUGGGGGAAAUUCGGAGCUUGUGCGGGGCAAGCUUGUAUAGGCGUUGAUUAUAUUCUCAUUGAGAAAAAGAACUUGUCAAAUUUGGUGGAAUUAUUGAAAAAAUAUACCAAGCAAUGUUUUGGAGAUGAUCCAAAUGAAUCUCGUAGCAUGUCUAAGAUCAUUAACAAGAAGCAAUUUUCAAGAUUAAAGAGUCUCAUAGAUGAACCGAUGGUCAAAUCUUCAAUUGUUUAUGGAGGUUCGUUUGAUGAAGAGAGCUUGUUCUUUGGACCAACAAUAUUGGUGGAUCCUCCACUUGAUGCUGCAAUUAUGACCGAAGAAAUUUUUGGUCCAUUGCUUCCAAUUAUCACAUUGGAGAGAAUUGAAGAGAGUAUAGAGUUUAUAACAUCCAGGCCUAAACCACUUGCAUUGUAUGCCUUUACAAAAGAUGAAAUCCUCCAUAAAAGAUUGGUUUCUGAGACGUCAUCGGGAAGCAUUAUGUUCAACGAUAUCAUUCUUCAAUAUGCAAUAGAUACAUUACCAUUUGGUGGAGUUGGAGGGAGUGGAUUUGGAAGAUACCAUGGAAAAUACUCUUUUGAAAACUUUAGUCACGAAAAGGUGGUGAUGACGAGGAGCUUUUUAAUAGAUAUGUGGUUCAGAUAUCCACCAUGGGAUGAUAAAAAGUUGCAAAUAAUCAAGGCUGGCUUUCGAUACGAUUAUCUUGGAGCUGUGUUGAUUGCAUUGGGUUUGAAAAGAAAGGCUUGAAGAUUUACUUUUAGUUGUUAGUGUUUGUCAUAAAACCGGAGUUGUAUAUCUAAGAUUUAUGAAAUCAUUGUUUAAUAUCAUUUUCUAAUAAAGUCAUUGUAGAGUUAGAGUAUGGUUUCUACGUUUCGUGGAUGUUUUGGGUUAAAACUAAGGUUUCUAGAUUUGGUGUUUGGAGUUUUUCUUGGUUUGUUAUUCA